AUGGCUUCCUCUUCUUUUACCAGCCACAGACUGAAACGCAAAGCCGAUGAGAUGGAGAGCGAAUUUCAAAAGCAACCUCGAUUUGUUGACAUCUCUCCAGAAGGCAAAGUUUUGUUCAAGAUUGGCAAGGGGGACGCUGCUCGCACUAUCCGGGUCGCGGCCCCGCUGAUUUGUCAAGUUGCACCGGUCUUCACCGAGUUGUUGUCCUCGGCAUCUAUUGAAGGGAGUGACAAGGUUAGUACAGUGGAGGACGGCAGCCCAGAUGCUUAUCUGGACUUCUUCAAUAUCGUCCACUACAAGCAUUCGGAGAUCGGCCACCUGACAGGACAGAGGCUCAGCCAGCUCGCAGAGCUCGCGAGCAGGCUGUGCUGUAGGGAAGUUUUCAAGGCUUUCAUCGUCGAUAGGCUCUAUCCCGUUAUCCAAGAGAUCAGGAAUGAAUCCAUUCAUCCAACAAUAACGAGGACUGUCCUAAACGCACUGGAGCAGUAUGAGGUCACAUUCGAGGAGCUGUUAGACAUUGCUGCGUUCUGCAAGAUGGACGAAUUGUUCUGGAGGACUAGCUAUAUCAAUGUCGCACGGAAAAAUGCCGUUGUAAACUUCCUCUCGGGCGUGUUCGAUUACCUUCAUGACGGCCACCUUACGACACCAGACAGCGAAGAUGCUCAUGGGACCCCCACUACUUAUGGUAUCCUCCAUGACCUCUUCCGAAAGGAAGGGAUCGUUGCCCACAGGAUCUGGGAGUACGAGGGCACACUGGUGCAGGCCAUGGCCCUUGUCCGCAGAGUCGCGUAUUUAGAGGAAUGA